GGUUUUCCACGUUGGACAAGUGCGGCGCGGCGGGCGGCGGAGCGCGCCCCUUCCCGCUGCCUGCUCCGCUGCGUUCCUCUCCGCGGCCUGGCGGGCGAGUGGGCGGUGGCGGCAGCAGCGCUCGGCCCUCUCCCGCCGGUGUGUGCGCGCUCGUACGCGCGGCCCCCCGCUCCCGCCCCGCCGCCUGGGAGGGGGCCUGCGCGGCCGUCCGGGGCGUGCGCCCGGGGAGCCACCACCACAGCGGCCCGCGCCCGCAGGCGCCCGGGGUCCCUGCGGCCCCGGAGGCGGCGCGGCGGGCUCGGCAGAUGUAGUCGCCGGGCUGGGGCCGGAGCCGGCGGGGGGGCGCCGGGAGAGCGAGGGCUUUGCAUUUUGCAGUGCUAUUUUUUGAGGGGGGCGGGGGGUGGAGGAAGCGGAAAGCCGCGCCGAGUCGCCGGGGACCUCCGGGGUGAACCAUGUUGAGUCCUGCCAACGGAGAGCAGGUCCACCUGGUGAACUAUGUGGAGGACUACCUGGACUCCAUCGAGUCUCUGCCUUUCGACUUGCAGAGGAACGUCUCGCUGAUGCGGGAGAUCGACGCGAAAUACCAAGAGAUCCUGAAGGAGCUGGAUGAGUACUACGAAAGGUUCAAGCGCGAGGCGGACGGUGCGCAGAAGAGGCGGGUGCUGCACUGCAUUCAGCGGGCCCUGAUCCGGAGCCAGGAGCUGGGCGACGAGAAGAUCCAGAUCGUCAGCCAGAUGGUGGAGCUGGUGGAGAACCGGGCCAGGCAGGUGGACAGUCACGUGGAGCUCUUCGAGGCGCACCAGGAGGUGAGCGACGGCACCGGCAACAGUGGCAGAGCUGGGCAGGACAAGUCCAAGAGCGAGACAAUCACGCAAGCAGAAAAGCCCAACAACAAGCGGUCGCGGCGCCAGCGCAACAACGAGAAUCGGGAGAAUGCGUCUAAUAAUCACGACCACGACGACAUCACCUCAGGAACGCCCAAGGAGAAGAAAGCGAAAACCUCCAAGAAAAAGAAACGCUCCAAGGCCAAAGCAGAGAGGGAAGCCUCGCCCGCGGACCUGCCCAUCGACCCCAACGAGCCGACGUACUGUCUGUGCAAUCAGGUCUCCUACGGAGAGAUGAUCGGCUGCGACAACGACGAGUGCCCCAUCGAGUGGUUCCACUUCUCGUGCGUGGGCCUCAACCAUAAACCAAAGGGCAAGUGGUACUGUCCCAAAUGUCGCGGGGAAAGCGAGAAAACCAUGGACAAAGCGCUGGAGAAAUCCAAGAAAGAGAGGGCGUACAGCAGGUAGUCUGUGGACGCUCUGGAGGGUGCAGAGUAGGCCCGUGUAUUUAUUACGCUGCCGCCUUUGUUGAGGUGCAAGGAUUGUAAAAUGUAUAUUUUUAAAGAAUGGUAGAAAAGGGGCUGCUCCUUCUACAGGGAUGGCAGUGAUUCUCUUGGCCUUUUGUUUUUAUUGGUAUAUAUGUAUAACAAGAAAGUGGUCUGUGGGUCAGCACUUUAGAAUCGACAAACACAGGUUUGACUUAAACGUUUAAGUAACUCUCAGACUGAUUUUUUGGGGGGGAGGGAUGACUAAAAGCAACCUAACAUUAAAUGUGGAAAGAAAAGAUUUCACUUACCUAUUUUCUUUUAAUGAAAGUACUGUUAUUACUUUAUGAAAAAUUUUUUUAAAUUAGUCAAGUUGCCAAAAAUACAGCCUAUAGUAAAUUUGUUUCUUGCUACCAUAAUGUAUAUCCCUGUAACAAUUCAAUAACAAAGGUUUAAAGCUCGAAGAUUAUUUUUUAAAAAGGUAAAUGGUUAAAUUUUACAUGACAAAUAUUUUGUAUACUGGCCUGUUCCCCAAAUGGCCGUUUUUAAAUAAUUGGGUACAUUUUUAUUAAACAGAAGUGAUCCAGUCAUGGAAUUUCCAAUCACGCUUUUGCUAUCACAAAUCACAGUGUACUCAUCUUUAAUUUAUGUAAGGUGUAUAAAUGUACAUUUCCCGUGAACUUGCUGUAUUAUAAUUGGACGUACAGCCAGAUGCUGUUGUGAAACUAUGGUGUGCUUCCUGCUGUGUGUAUGAGAGCUGUACAGAUGUUACGUCAAGAAAUAAAUGAAGCUUGGCCAGUUC